CCCACUCUAAUCAAUCCUCCACACAACGAACUUGACCUUUAAGUAAUCUUACAUCCAGUCCAGCUCAGCAUUUGGGAGGUUAGAAAAGAAACGUAUUCAGGACCUCCAAAAUCUGCGCAGGAUGGCCGAAAUGGAAGUACCAGCAAAAACUGGUCGUCCUAGCUUGGGCAAUAAUAUGCGCAGUCGAUCUUACCUUCAAGAACAUCAACAAUAUCGUCCUCCUCAACAAGAUGGUCAUCAUGGUAUCGAUAGCAUCGUGGAGGGUGUCCAGGGAAGUGCAAUCUCAUCACCCACCAAAUCAUUCACCCAAUACAACGGAGUUCCCUCUCCGCAGCAUCCUCCCAAGAUUGUAGACAGCGGGCUCAAUCAUACCCUGUCACACGCGAACUGCCAACCCGCGCCCAAUACCGUCUCGGACCGAAUGAUCGCAACUCUUAUUUACAAGACGCAAUCUCCUCGUCUCUCCAUCACCGAUUAUCCAAACGAUCGCUCUCCUUCUCCAGCCUCUACCCCUUCUAGAUCGUCCGUAACUUCCACUUCGCGCGCUAUCCCUCCAAACCUUGCACCGGUUCGCACACUCUCUAAUUUUCCACUCGAGCCACCACCACCAGAUCCAGAACCACUGGAUCAUCUCUACGGCAGCUAUAUCUCGCAGCUUUGCCUCACAUCUUUCCUUCACCUCAUUCAAUCCCUACCGAGUAGAUCGGGUUCCGAUUUCCUCUCCUCGUCUCAUCGCUGCCUCGAUAAUCCCGACCAUCCCUCCAUAGUCGAACUUACAUUCUCGCCCAUCCCCGAUCCUACAUACCUCGAUCUUCAAGAUUUGCGUAAACAUGAGCUUCUCUACCGUUUCGAGCGCGAAUGGAACGUCGACGUUAUUCUCCAACAUGACACUGUUCUUCGACGCUAUCCACGCCUCGUCGUUUUCGACAUGGAUUCUACACUGAUCGAACAAGAAGUGAUUGAUUUGAUCGCUGCUUCUAUCGGAGUCGAAGAUGCAGUAUCUGCCAUUACUGCACGCGCCAUGAAUGGCGAAUUAGAUUUCUCCGCAUCUCUUCGUGAGCGUGCGAAGUUGUUGAAAGGUGUAGAAGCGGAUAUAUUCACACAAUUGAGAAGUGUGAUUAAACCCACCAAAGGAGCCGCAGAGCUCAUCCGCGCACUAAAGAGAAUGGGCGUCAAGACUGCAGUGUUAUCUGGUGGCUUUAUACCCUUGACACAAUGGCUCGCCGAUCACUUGGGCAUUGAUUACGCUUUUGCAAAUACCCUCGAAUCCGACCCAAACACCCAUAAAUUAACAGGCGAAGUUCUCGGUUCCAUCGUCAACGCGGAAAAGAAGCGCGAUCUACUUUUAGAAAUCGCAAAGAAGGAAAAUGUAGCGUUGGAACAAGUAGUGGCCAUUGGAGAUGGUGCAAAUGAUUUGUUGAUGAUGGGCGUAGCGGGCUUGGGAGUCGCAUGGAAUGCUAAACCUGUGGUGCAGAUGGAAGCCCAGGCGAGAUUGAAUGGUGAUACUUUGUUGGAUCUUUUGCAUAUCUUUGGAUUGACGGCUGAGGAGAUUAAGAUUUUGAUUUCGUAGGAGCGGUAUGCAUGGGUUGGUGGGCUAGGAGGGGCGUGGAUAGAAAGACCUAUGUACUAGAGGAUGCAUGCAGGAGGGAUAGGCGGGAGCUGUGGUUGGGCCGGGAGCUAGGGCUGCUAGGUUGAAUGGUUAGGAGGAGUUGGAUAUAGGCCAGGCGGAGGAAAUGAUAGAUUUUGUAUAUCCUUUUCCGUUCUAUUCUGAUUUGUUCUGCACUGUCUUGUCUUAUUUUGUUUUGUUUUGUUCUGUCCUGCUUUUUCCAGUUCUGCGAACCAAGCAUCUUUUGGCAUAGCAUAGCAUCAAGAAAGAAGCAUGAACUCGAUAUAAAUAUCAUAUAUCAUAUAAGAGAUGACUUUUCCUAUCUAGUAGAUAAAUGAUUCGCCACCUUUCCUUUUUUCAA